AUGUCGAAGCGCCGCAGCGAGGACGAGAACGCCGCGCCGGCAAAGCGCGGGGGCGCCGGCUACAUCGGCCGCCGCAAGGAGCACCGCUUCGAGGACGUCGGGGACGCCAAGGCGCGGCUCCUCGACUCGCUGAGCACAAAGGCGCACGUCGGCGGCGCGCCGACGGUCGACGACGGCCGCGUCUGGUGCCCCGACGGCUGGACCGUCAUGACCCUGCGCCGGGGCAAGAACGACCGGUCGGCGGGCCAGGCGUACCACCAAUGGUACGCGCCCGACGGGGCCAAGUUUCGGAGCCGGCGCGCGGCGGAGCGGCGCGUCGCCGCGGACCGCGAGCGGGACCGCCUCAUCGCCGCCGCCGCGGAGGGCGCCGGCGACGACCCCGUCGCGGCGCACGCCGCGGCCUUUGAGCGGGACGGCCUCGCGGUCAUGGACGCGCCCUACGUCCGCGAGGAGACGGUCGAGGCCGCACGCGACGCGGCCUUCGAGUUCUACGAGGCCGUACUGCGCACGGUGCAGGCGCGGGGCCUGCACCACGAGCUCCAGGCGGGCUUCGACGUGUGUCGGGAGCGAGGCCGCGGCCGCUUCGACCUGAACCCGCCGUGCCUCCCGCAGCGCGACGAGGCGAAGUUCGAGGGGCCCUUUGCCGAUUUCGUCGACGGCGCCGCGGACUGGAAGCCCGUGCUGCGCAAGAUCCUGGGCACCGACAAACCGGAGCUCAUCGCGGCGGGCGUCUUCCUGUCCAUGCCCGGCGCCGAGGCCCAGAAUUAUCAUACGGACGGCGUCCACUUGAACUUGAGGAACCACGCGCCGCCGCACGCGGUGAACGUCUUCGUGCCUCUGGUGGACCUGAUCCCGCCGGGCUCGGCCUCGAACGGGCCGACGGAGUUCUGCAAGGGCACGCACGUAUUAGGACGGGACGCCUGGGUCAAGGAGCGCUGCGUGAACCCGGCGCCGCGCAUGGGCACGGCGAUCCUCUUCGACUACCGCCUCGGCCACCGCGGCAUGGGCAACAAGUCCGACGAGCCGCGGCCGACGCUCUACCUGACGUACACGAACAAGCCGGGCUGGACGGACAAGGACAAUUUCUCGCGGGCGCGCUUCAAGAAGCUCGGGGAGCUCGUCGGCGCGAAGCCGUCGCGCGCCGAGCGCGCCGCGGCGCGCCGCGGCUAGCCGUCGCUUCUUCUUCUCCCGUCGUAACUAGCUAUCUAG